AUGACAACCGCAGCUGGCAAGCCUGUCAAUGGACACGCAAAUGCCCUCAACGGCAACCAUGAGCACGUCUCCGCCUGGCACCAGCCGGGUCCUGCUGCAUAUGACUUCCGAUCCGACACCAUGACAACCCCGACGCUUUCUAUGCUACACGCCAUCAGCAACACAACUCUGCUCGACGAUGUCGUCCUGGAGGAUCCCACCACCAACGCCCUCGAAGCCCACGUCGCUUCGCUGACAGGUCACGAAGCCGCCCUGCUCGUUAUGUCUGGCACCAUGGGCAACCAAGUCGCCCUACGCACACAUCUCGUCUCCCCACCAUUCUCCGUCCUCUGCGACCACAGAUGCCACAUCGUGAACUACGAAGCGGGCGGCCUGUCCAUGAUCUCCGGCGCACAAACCCUUCCCCUUGUCCCCUCAAACGGCCACCACUUGACUCUCGAGGACAUCCAAGCCCACGCCGUGAUCAGCGACGACGUGCACGCCUGCCCCACCGCCGUCAUCUCCCUCGAGAACACUCUCAACGGCACCGUCAACCCGCUCUCCAAUCUCCGCGAGAUCUCCACGUGGGCCCGAUCCCACGGAAUUAAAAUGCACCUCGACGGCGCCCGCAUCUGGGAAGUCGCCUCCUCCACCCACCCUAACGCCGCCGGCUCGCUCUCGGACUUCUGCAACCUCUUCGACUCCGUCUCCCUCUGCUUCAGCAAGGGCCUCGGCGCCCCUAUCCAUCUGUCAUCGUCGGCAGCAAAUCCUUCAUCAAACGCCGCCGCUUCCGCAAGAUGCUAG